CUCCCCCGGCCGCUGGCUCGCUCGGCUCGCAACGCUGCAGAGGCUCCGAGGCGGCGGCGGCGGCGCGGCGACUCCCUCUUUCCCUCCCUCCUUCUCCGUCCGUCCGUGCGUCUGUCCGUUCGGCCUCGGUCCGGCCCGCAGCAUGGCCGGCGUCAGCUUCAGCGGCCACCGCCUGGAGCUGCUGGCGGCGUACGAGGAGGUGAUUCGGGAGGAGAGCGCGGCCGACUGGGCUCUGUACACAUAUGAGGAUGGCUCAGAUGACCUCAAGCUUGCAGCGUCAGGAGAUGGGGGCUUGCAGGAGCUCUCUGGCCACUUUGAGAACCAGAAGGUGAUGUAUGGCUUCUGCAGCGUCAAGGACUCCCAGGCUGCUCUGCCGAAAUACGUGCUCAUCAACUGGGUUGGCGAAGAUGUGCCUGAUGCCCGCAAAUGUGCUUGUGCCAGCCACGUGGCUAAGGUGGCCGAGUUCUUCCAGGGCGUCGAUGUGAUCGUGAACGCCAGCAGUGUGGAAGACAUAGAUGCGGGCGCCAUCGGGCAGCGGCUCUCCAACGGGCUGGCACGGCUUUCCAGCCCCGUGCUGCACCGACUGCGGCUACGUGAGGAUGAGAACGCCGAGCCGGUGGGCACUACCUAUCAGAAGACUGAUGCAGCUGUGGAGAUGAAGCGGAUUAACCGCGAGCAGUUCUGGGAGCAGGCCAAGAAGGAGGAGGAGCUGCGGAAGGAGGAGGAGCGGAAGAAGGCUCUGGAUGAGAGGCUCAGGUUUGAGCAGGAGCGGAUGGAGCAGGAGCGGCAGGAGCAGGAGGAGCGGGAGCGGCGCUACCGGGAGCGGGAGCAGCAGAUCGAGGAGCACAGGAGGAAACAACAGACUUUGGAAGCAGAGGAGGCCAAGAGGCGGUUGAAGGAGCAGUCCAUCUUUGGUGACCAGCGGGAUGAGGAGGAAGAGACCCAGAUGAAGAAGUCAGAAUCGGAGGUAGAGGAGGCAGCAGCCAUUAUUGCCCAGCGACCUGAUAACCCACGGGAGUUCUUUAAGCAGCAGGAAAGAGUCGCAUCGGCCUCCGCAGGCAGCUGUGAUGUGCCCUCACCCUUCAACCACCGACCAGGCAGCCACCUGGACAGCCACCGGAGGAUGGUGCCUACCCCGAUCCCUGCCCGGAGCCCAUCUGACUCCAGCAUGGCCUCUACCCCUGUCACUGAGCAGACCGAGCGGGCCCUGGAUGAGGUUAUGUCCUCGCAGCCUCCACCACUGCCACCACCCCCCCCAGCAGCCCAAGAGACCCAGGAGCCCAGCCCCGGCCUGGAUAGUGAAGAGACCUGCAAGGAAGCCAGAGCAGCAGACCCUCAGGCCUGGGCCAGCCCCCUGGAGGAGUCCCCUCAGGCACCAGAGCCUCCCCAGGGCCAAGGCAGCCCCACGGAGGACUUGAUGUUCAUGGCGUCUACAGAGCAGGCAGUCCUGGCUGCCUCUCUAGAGCCUGCCAUGGCUGGAGCCUCUGCAGCUGACACCCCAGCAGCUGAUGCCGUUGAAACCGACACUGCCGCUGCUGACACCAGUGUUGCCAACACCGUCACCCCUGCCACUGCCAGCCUCAUUGACCUAUGGCCUGGCAAUGGGGAAGGGGCCUCCGUACCCCAGGCUGAGCCUAGGGCCCCCACACCACCCUCAGGUGCCGAAGUCACUCUGGCAGAAGUGCCCCUGCUGGACGAGGUGGCUCAGGAGCCACUGCCGCCGGCAGGUGAAAGCAGUGCCAACCUUCUCAAUUUUGAUGAGCUGCCUGAGCCACCAGCCACCUUCUGUGACCCAGGGGAGGAAGUAGAAGGGGAGCCCCUGGCUGCUCCCCAGGCUCCAACUCUGCCCUCAGCUCUAGAGGAGCUGGACCAGGAGCCGGAGCCGGAGCCGGAGCUGGAGCCAGAGCCCCACCUGCUGACCAAUGGCGAGACCACCCAGAAGGAGGGGACCCAGGCCAGUGAGGGGUAUUUCAGCCAAUCACAGGAGGAGGAGUUUGCCCAAUCGGAAGAGCUGUGUGCAAAGGCUCCGCCUCCUAUGUUCUACAACAAGCCUCCAGAAAUCGACAUCACCUGCUGGGAUGCAGACCCGGUACCUGAAGAGGAGGAGGGCUUCGAGGGUGGCGACUAGCGGUGAUGCUUGCCCUCAGGCUGCCCUCGCCAAGGCCGCCCACCUGCGCCGGCCUCUGGCCAGACGGCCCACAGUGCCUGCACUUGCAGCAGCUCCGCCUGGCACCCACUCUGGAUUCCGGCCCUGGCCGGGGACUUGGCCGCUUCCCUACCCACAGGGCCCUACUUUUACAGCUUUUCUCUCUUUUUUAAAGUUGAUAGGAGACUUGUACAGUUGACUGGUUUUCCUCCCGUUGGUAGUUGAGAUGCUGUUGCAAAUUCCACCCCCUUCCCACCUGGUCCAGAUUGUAGCUCUUAGUCCUCCCUGCUCACUCAGCUGGCCGGGGUGGAGGCCUCACCCUGCUUGGGGCCUGGCGUGGGGGGAAGUUCUGGUGGGAAAAUGUUCCCCCCACCUCUUUUCCUAGUUUUCUGUUUCUUGGAAAAAUAUCACUUUGUAUUCUCUGUCCAGGGCUUCAGAUAUUUUGCACGAAUUUUAAAACAUGGCAAUAAAUGGCUCGUGGGCUCUGGCUCCCUGGGACCCGCCCCCUCCCCCCUUCUCUUGACCCCUCCCCACCUGGCCCGAAGGAAGUAGCAGGCCCAGCUGGGGCCUCUCAGCUUCCUGGCCCUUUCCUGCCCCCUCCCGCUGGGCAGGUCCCAGGCUGGAGGCCCUAGGCGUGAUUCAGGUCAGGGCUAUGGGUGGCCCCUUUCCACCUCCUCCCUCUUUGCUUGGGUUCCUUUUUCACGUUCAGUAACUGUUUUUUGGAAAGCACAAACUUCUGUAACAGGUCGUGCUCAUGUCUGUUAAUAAAGAAAUCCAGAUCCCUUUG